CGCCAUGCCAGGACCCGGGGCUCUCGCCCCAGGCUCGCCGCCUGCCGCUUCUUGCCGCUGGAAGCUGCACAUCAUUCGCCAGCUGCAGCAGCGAGACCGGAGGCAGAAGGCUCUGUUCUUGGACCUGGUGGAGGCUUACCACAGACUCUUAGAGAAAUCAGACCUGUUGGCCCAUUUCACAGAAAAGCUGCCACCUGAGCCUCCCAAUGAACUUGUUCACCUCCCUUCACGGCAGGAGGAGGAGGCAGGGCCAAUGCCAGAGCCUACGCAGUCAUCCGAGGACCUCAGGAGGAAAUGGGAGGAAGAAUUGGCUAAGAUCAAGUUGGUCUGUGGGGAGAUGGCAUACCAAGUUGUGGAGAAGCAUAUGACCCUGAGCUCCCAGGAUGCUAUGCUGGAGGACCAGCAGGGCAGGCUGUCAGCUCUGGAUGCCCGGGUGCGUGAAUUGGAAGAGACACGGCAGUGGCUGGCAGAGCAGGUGGAUGGGCAGCAGGACAGGAUCGUGGAGGGGAAGGAAGCUUAUGACACCCUGUGGGCCCACACUGGCCACCAGGAAGGGGCCUUGAGACAGCUGGAGGAGGAAGGCCGUGAGCUAGUGGAGAGGCUGAUCCAAGUGAAGAUGCAAGCAGCCGAGGACCAGAAUUAUCGCAAUGAGCGGAUCGAGAGGGUCAAGCAAGCCAGGGUUUCCAAGGAGCUGAAGAAGGCAAUGAGGAGGACGGUCAACAUCUCUGAGACCCUGGACCCUCCAAGCAUUGCUGAGCCCCGUGCCGACAAGCAGGAGCUCUUGGAAGUAGAAGCCUAUGAGAAACAGUGGAAACGCCCCUUCAGGUCGGCCUCCGCCACGUCCGUGACCCUGGCCCGCUGUAUGGAUGUUAUGAAGGGGCUGCUGGAUUUUAGGAAGAGAAGGGGUCACUCCGUGAGUGGGGCCCCUGAAGCCCGAUAUCCAAGCAUUCCUGUCUGUGGGGUCUCCUGUCUCCCAGCCAGAGCCCAGGACAUCCAGGAGGCCCACCGUUCUGAGGUCAAUGCCGUCUGCUUCAGUUCCAACAGCAGCCUCGUGGCCACAGGCGGGGCUGACCGCCUCAUCCGCCUCUGGAAUGUGGUUGGAGGCCGCCUGGAAGCUGAUCAGAUGUUGGAAGGGGCUGGUGGGAGCGUGACCAGCCUUGAGUUUGAACCAUCGGGCUGCUAUUUGCUAGCAGCGACUUACAACAAAGCUGCCCAGCUCUGGAAGGUGGGCGAGAGCCAAUCCAAGGAAACAUUGUCUGGGCACACGGACAAAGUGACUGCAGCCAAAUUCAAGCUGACCCGGCAGCAGGCAGUGACUGGAAGCCGGGACCGGACUGUGAAAGAGUGGGACCUCAACAAGGCGUCCUGGUCCCACGAUGCAUACAGGUUAUUCCUGUGGAGGGGAAGGUCACCUCUCUCAGCAUCAGCAAUGAUCAGAUGCACCUCCUCAGCUGCUCCCGGGAUGACGCCCUUAAGGUCAUUGAUCUUCGGGUCAACAACAUCCGCCAGGUCUUCAGGGCUGAUGGCUUCAAGUGUGGUUCAGACUGGACCAAAGCUGUGUUCAGGUGAGUAUGUCCCAAAGUCCCUGCUGCUUCCUUUAGAAUUCUCUCCACUCCCCAAGUUCUCUCCCCCAGGAAUUCUCUCCCAUCCUUUUCUAAAAUGCCUUGAGCCCCCUGUGUCCACUCAGUUUGUCAGCAACCUGGCAGCUCUCUCCUCCUGUUGGCCCCAUCCCAUCUUCAGCAUGGCAGCUGGAGGAGGAAGAGGGCUGGGGAGAAGGGGAGGAAAGGAGCCGGAAAGUGACCAGAGCAAGGCCGGCGAUGGGGAGAAGACAGAUCAUCGAUCAGCAUGUAGGACUGCAUGUGGUUGUGUGUGUCCAUCCCCUCCUGACCUCCCACAGACCCCUGAGAAGCUCAGUCUCCUAUAUUUCCUUUUUCCAGCCCAGAUAAAACCUAUGCCCUUGCUGGUUCUGCCGAUGGCGGUCUCUACAUCUGGAAUCUGGAGAGCGGCAAGCUGGAGACCAGCCUCUAUGGGCCCCACAGCCCACCUGCAGGAUCCUGAGUCAGCUACAGGCAGCAGGCACACACAACUUUGGAUACGUCGUCGUCGUCGUCGGCAUGAAGAAGGCAAAAGCCCAGGUGCAUCAGUCUGUUCUCUUUGAAGUCUGCUGAUGAUCUUUGGGGCAGGCUGGGGCUCCUCCGGGGAAGGGGACGAAGGGAGAAGACUUGCCUCCAGGUAACUGGAAGAAAAGGCAGACUUUAUCACCUGUCUAAGUUUGAAUAGGAAGCUGUCCAGAUUACCAGCUGAUGUGAGCACCUCCUUCAAAGAGGUAUCUGUAAAGCGCUGAACAUAGUGCCUGGAACAUAGCAGGUGCUGCUUAAAUGCCUACUCCCUCCAUGGCCCUCUUGGAGACUCUUCCUUCUUCAGUCCUCAAGGUGUGGGUCCACCCCGAGCCUCUGUUCCAGGUUCCUACUGACCACCCCUUAGCGGCAGCUUGCUCCAGCUUGAUGUGUGGUACUUGCUUCAGGCCGAAGGAUUCUCUAGCUGCAGGUUAUGCUAGUUCCUAGCCUUUGGGGAGGACAAGCAUAGCCCGCAAGGGAAGGCAGGUGGGAUGAAAGCAAGGCCCCUUGUGUCAUUUUAGCACCUGGGAACAUUUAGCCUGGAGAAGCAGAUGUUCAAAUGUCUGGAGGGCUCUCCUUAGGCUCUAGUGUUAUCUCUUGUGUUCCAAGCCCCAUUCUGUUCACCCUGCUCCACCCCAACUCCAGUGUGGGCUCUGCUCCUGUCUCACCACAAUAUUACAGAAGUCUCCUAACUGAUUUCCCUCCAUCAAGUCUCAACCCUACACAACUAAAGCCCAGGUCUGGUCAUGCCAUUCCUAUGAUCCUGCUCCAGCGACUGUUACUCUGGGAUCCAAUGCAAACUCCUGUCACCUGAAGUCCUUCGCAGUCUGGUUCCAGGCCACCCUUCCAGCCUUAUCGUACCUUACUCUCCUUAAACAGUCUAUUCCAGCCAAGCUGGUCUACCUGCCAUCUUCCUCCUAUUCCUUUGCCCAGGUCAUCCCCCAAGCCUAGGAUGUCUCCCUCCUAGUCUGCACCUUAGAAUCUCCAGCUUCCUCCAAAGCUCAGUUCAAGCACAACCAUCUCCACAGACCUUUCCGGAUGUUUCCUACACUUACAUAUACUUUGAACGUAUUUAUAUAUAUAAAACUUAUCUAUGGACAAAGAGACUGCUUUUGUAUCCCCUAGGCUUAGCGGAGCUCCUGGCACCAUUAGGCACUUAAUAAAUGAAUCUGAGUCCAUGUAGUAGAACUAGGAGUAACAGAGGCAUAUGUCACCUUAAUCUAAGAAGGGUUCCUAAGGAAAAUUCUCCUAUUCUUCCCUGCUAUCUGACCUCCCCACCCGUCUUGGAUACUUCUCCUUCUUUAGUCCACAAAGCAUGGGCAUACCCUGAGGCUCUGUCCUAGGACCUCCCCUCUUCACUCACAGGCCCAACACUACACCAAAGCUCUAAGACCCAUGAGGCAUCUCCCUAUCUCUAGUCUCCCCUCUGCAAUUCAUUCUUCAUGCCCUGCAGUCAUAUUGCUAGUGCACAGGUCUUUCCACUUUACUCUCUUGCUCACUUUCAGGAGCUCCCUGUUAUCUACUGCAUAAAAUAAAACUUCUUUUUCUUGUCAUUAAGGCUAUUCAUGAUCUGGAUCCUAGCUACCUUAUAAGCAUUUUUUCUUUCUCUUCUUUGCAAAAGAUGUUCUAGCCAAACUGGAUAAUUGGCCGUUUCUUGAUUUUGUCCUGCACUCUUGCCUUCAUGCAGUCUCUCCUGCCAGGAAUGUCUUUCCCUUAGUGUCCCCUCACCAUCACCCCAGCUUAAAGUGAUCUCUCUCCUAACUUCUCACAGCAUUAUAUUUGGACCUCCCCUUUGCCCUGAUCUACCUUGUAUUAGGCUGACUUAUGUCUCUAUCUGAUCCUGUCCUCUCAGACUGCAAGUCUCUUGAGAGCAAGAACUGUGCUGGAUUUAUAAUGAUCAUACUAAGUGCAGAUAUUUGUACAGUGCUUUAAGACAGCUCUUUACAAAGAACUUGGUAUGCACUAUCUCAUUUGCUCUUUUGCUUCCUCUGCAAUGAGCCCUUAAAUCAUCUGAGAUGCUUCCCUAAGGGAGAUUCCAGGACUGGGAUGGGAGAUGCUGCUUCCAAUGUCUUUUCCUCCCCUGACACUCUGGGACCAUAAGAGGAGUCUGCGGAGUGGAGCUUGUAUAAGGGAACUUAAGAGGGAUGGUCAGACUUGACUCUUUUGGAUUAUGGCUUCAAUUUGGACUUUGGAAGUUGGAAGAGAUCACUGAAGCUUGCCGAGGGUCACCGUCCUUCUCCCUCAGUAUCUGGCAUAUCCAAAGGAGUGCUCAGACUCUUAAUUCUUCCAAGUUAGAACUGAUUUCGAGGAAGUAUAGGAGGGGAGGAGGUGGGGGCUGGGGGAGGCAGUGUGUUGG